AUGUUGAAACAUGACUGCUGGAAGCACUUGGAAAAUGCAAGAAGAGAGUGCAUCUCUAUCCAUGUGGGCCAGGCAGGUGUCCAGACAGGAAAUGCCUGCUGGGAGCUCUUCUGCCUUGAGCACGGCAUCGGCCCUGAUGGCGUCUUCCUGGACGGUCCUGCAGGGCCGAACUCCCGUGAAGAUCCAUUCAACACAUUCUUCAACACUGGGAGCUCUGGGCAUCAUGUUCCAAGAGCAAUAUAUGUAGACCUGGAGCCCACAGUGGUUGAUGAAGUGAGGGUUGGAAAGUACAAAGAGCUCUUCCACCCUGAGCAGCUGAUCUCUGGAAAGGAGGACGCGGCCAACAACUACGCUCGUGGCCAUUACACUGUCGGGAAAGAAAUCAUUGAUGGGGUCAUGGAGCGCGUUCGUAAAAUGACGGACCAGUGCUCAGGCCUGCAGGGGUUCCUCGUCUUUCACAGCUUUGGAGGUGGCACUGGAUCCGGCUUCACCUCACUGCUGAUGGAGCGUCUGUCUGUCGACUACGGUAAAAAGUCCAAGUUGGAGUUUGCUGUCUACCCAGCUCCGCAGGUCUCCACGGCUGUGGUGGAGCCCUACAACGCCAUUCUGACCACCCACACCACCUUAGAGCACUCUGACUGUGCCUUUAUGGUGGACAACGAGGCCAUCUACGACAUAUGCCAUCGCAACAUGGACAUUGAGAGUCCUGGUUACAUCAACCUGAACAGAUUGAUCGGUCAGAUUUUCCAGACCAACCUGGUGCCAUUUCCACGUAUCCACUUCCCUCUGGUCACUUACUCACCCAUCAUCUCUGCUGAGAAGGCUUACCACGAGCAGCUGACUGUGUCCGAGAUCACAAGUGCCUGCUUCGAGCCGACCAAUCAGAUGGUCAAGUGCGAUCCUCGUAGUGGCAAGUACAUGGCGUGCUGCAUGCUGUACCGAGGCGAUGUGGUCCCUAAGGAUGUAAAUGCUGCCAUUGCGAAUAUUAAAACCAGACGCUCAAUUCAGUUUGUUGACUGGUGCCCCACUGGUUUCAAGGUAGGCAUUAAUUACCAGCCUCCAACUGCAGUCCCUGGUGGAGACCUGGCCAAACUCCAGAGGGCCGUCUGUAUGCUGAGCAACACCACUGCCAUUGCAGAGGCCUGGUCUCGUCUCGACCACAAGUUCGAUCUCAUGUACGCUAAGCGUGCUUUCGUCCACUGGUAUGUGGGUGAAGGCAUGGAGGAGGGGGAGUUCGCAGAGGCCAGAGAGGACCUGGCCUGUCUGGAGAAGGAUUACGAGGAGCUGGGUCAAAUGAACCCCGAUUCUGAAAAUGACGACGAGGACCAAGAAUACUGAGCCUUGUGAGGCUGCAUAACAAUGAUUUUUUUUUCCUGUUCUGAGGCAAUACUUUAUCUUGUAUCUUCUAAGCUAGAGUUAACCAACUUGACGGUCUUUCUUACUGCCUUGUUUUUAUAAUGUCAGCUUUAGGAGAAGAAGACAAGCCACUCCGGGUUGUAUUUGAAUCGCGCUGCGAAAUAAACUGUCUGUGCAUAUUGUUUGUGAAACUUGUUAGAGACACAGUGGCCCAGUGGUCUGAGACGAUACCACAUAACCACCACACCUACAUUUAACAUCCAGCCAGGGAUCUUUGUUG